CUAAACUAUAAUUUUAUUUAUAUUUUGGGUCGCAAUUUCCAACGUGGCACAUCACCGCCAGCAUUUUGAAUUCGAACGUGCGCGGGUGGAAUGCGAGAAGUAUGCUGGAAAUGCACGGCGGAAUUUGGUUUUGGAAGUGUCAGCUCCACGGCUCGCAUACUCGGCAGGAGGUUCGACGAGUAGAGAGAGUUGUGAGGGAGAAAGGCGUGCCCACCGCCAGCUGUAAAAACACAGCGAAGCGGCCGACGACUGAAGACUGAAGAACGAGUUCCGCCGCAAAGCAAUGGCAGCCGACGUGGCCGGCGAAGAGGCCAAAGUUGUUCGUGGCCGCCUGCUGCAAUGGGAGGCCGGCGAUCGGCCGCUGGCGCCUUUGUCCGCUGCCCAGCAAGACACACUUUUCGAACUGAUGGAGGCGGCGGCCCAUCAACCCUUGCCUCAGCAUCUUGCCGAUGGAGAUGAGGAGGAGCUGGCGGUGAAUGUUGAGGAGGAUGAAAGUGAUGACGCACUUGUGACAAACUUCAGGCGCGUCUCCAAAGGAGCCGUUUGUCUUGAGACAGCCCUGGAAGCUCUUGAAUGGCUUGGGGCGGCCGAAGGUCAGCUGGACAGCCAAAAGGCAGCACCAUUUCGGUUGUACAGAGGACAACUGGAGGAACGACGGCGUGAGUGCAGUUUGCUGCUCGACCGACUGGCCAAGGCUUUAGAACAGCUUGACUUGCUGCAGGGCCAGUUUACGUCCGUUUCUGGCAAAACUUCGGCUCUCCACGAGUUGAGUGAGCAGCUGAUGGCCGACCAGGGACGUCUAGGAGCCCUCGAAGCUGCCCUGGAACAUCGUCUCCGUCCCUUUUUGGAGGUUGAUGCCCUUGCAUUCCAGUUAAAUUCUCCAACUCUUGCAGUCAACUCUGAGAAUUUUGGUGUCCUGCUUGACCGACUUGAUGAUGCUACUGAUUAUCUAGAAGAACAUGAAAACUUUAAAGAAAGCCGCGCUUACCUAAGUCGUUGUGCCACUUUAAGGGCUCGAGCGGUGGCCUUGGCUCGUUCCUUCCUCCUUCAAACUCUGGCAGGUGCUGCUUCAGAGGCUGCUCAGGGGUCGAACAGUGCCGAGGGCAACUCGUUUGCUCUUUUUUAUGGUCGCUUCCAAGCCGUGGUACCUCGAGUUCGAGGAGUUGUGGCCCUGCUUGAAACUCGACGGUCUCGAGGAACUGGCGAAUAUGGCGCACUGCUGGCCCAGGCCCAACAGCAUUUGGUUGGCCUCCGAGAGUCUCUCCUGGCCCCCAGCGUUCGAGCUUCAGUCAAUGACCUGCUCAGCACCCACCGAGGGGACCACUGCGGCUUGGUCAGGGCUGCAUGCGCCUUUCUCGUCCACCUCAGUAGAGACGAGCACCAACUCUUCUCUCAAUUUUUUGACGAACCCAACUCACCAGCAUUGACGGCUUAUUUGGAGGUGCUUUGCAACAGUCUGUAUGAUGAAUUACGACCUUUGAUCAUCCACAUCAACCACUUAGAAACGCUGGCAGAGCUCUGCAGUAUUUUGCGUCUGGAAAUGCUUGAGGAACACGUCCAAGCAAAUCCUGAGCCUUUGGCUGCGUUUGGAAAGUUGGCUUGGCAGCUUUUGCAAGAUGUGCAGGAGCGACUUGUCUUCAGGGCGCACCUUUACCUCAAGACAGACAUCGAGCAAUACCGAGCCGCCCCUGGUGAUCUUGCCUACCCCGAGAAGCUGGAGAUGAUGGAGAGUAUUGCUCUCAGUCUGCAGCAGGAAGGCGGAGACAAACAGACGCCAUGCUCCAGGACUGGCAGUUCGCCGGCUGAUCUUCAUGGAAUGUGGUUCCCAACUGUUCGUAGGACUUUGGCAUGUCUGUCUCGUCUUUACCGCUGUGUCGACCGUGCAAUCUUCCAAGGCCUUUCACAAGAGGCACUCAGUGCCUGUGUGAAAAGCGUUCAUGACGCUGCCACCGCCAUUGCUGUUGCUAAGACACCGAUUGACGCUGAAUUAUUUGAAGUGAAGCACCUCCUGAUUUUAAGAGAACAGAUCGCACCCUUCCAAGUGGACUUCACGAUACGCGAGACGAGCCUCGACUUCAGCCAGGUCAGAUCGGCAGCAGCUGGUCUGUUUACCUCAAAUAAGGGUCGCAUUUUCACUUUUGGGUCAACUAACGCCCUGCUGGAGUUGAUUUUGGCUGGAUCGAAGCCCCAAGUGAAAGAAAAUGUGCGGGACUCUCGAAAAGAGGUCGACCGCCAACUGAAAAUGUCCUGCGAGGCUCUCAUCACUCACGCAACUUCACACCUUGCGCAGCCCAUACUUGGCAUUUUGAAUAAGGUGAGGGAAUACCAGGAAGCUGGAGGUGCGGCGUCUGAUCUGCACAAGCAGGAGUGGGCGCGUCCAGAUCGGCUCGCUGAAGUGGUUUCUGCAGGGUUGAGGCAGCUCAAGGCACACUUGCCCAGCUUGCAACGUUCUCUGCAACUCUACCUUGCUAAUCGAGAAACGGAGUUCAUUCUUUUCAGACCAGUCAAGAACAAUGUGGUUGGCUCUUUCGUGGCUCUGCAACAGGCCUUAGCGUCCGGAGGCUACACAGCCGACCAGCUGCUAGAAAUUGGCUGUCCGAGCGCCGAGCAGGUGUCCGUCCAGCUGUCCCUGGCCACUCUAGCCGCGCCCCAGCCCGAGAAAGACCAACAAUGACAGUGGUAUUUCCAUUAGAAAAAUAUAAAGUAUAAACCAAAGACUAAAAAUCGUGUUGUGCAUGAAUAAAAAUUUGAUAUGAUUCUGUCGUUGA